AUGGCAGUGAAACUGGACAUGUCUAAAGCCUAUGACAGAGUGGAAUGGAGUUUCUUGAAGGCUAUAAUGGAAAAAAUGGGCUUUUGCUCAACUUGGGUAAACUGGAUCAUGGCAUGCAUAAGUACAGUAACCUACUCCUUCAGUAUUAAUGGUGAGCACAAGGAGUUUGUCACCCCCUCAAGAGGUAUCAGGCAGGGAGACCCACUUUCCCCUUACCUAUUUCUGCUUUGCUCAGAAGGACUAUCAAGUUUGCUGCAGAAAGCUAAGAUAGAUAAGGAGCUGACAGAUGAUUCCUUGGUAUUCUGUAAAGCUAACAAACAAGAAGCAGAGAAGCUGAAAAGGAUCCUCAAAAGUGUUGAACAAGGCAAGUAUCUUGGGUUGCCAAUGGUAAUAACAAGAUCAAAAGAGCAGAUUAACCACAAGAUUUGUAAAGAAAUCAGUUCGAAAAUGGCUGAUUACUGGGGUGGGAUUUGGAAACUAAUAACACAGCCAAAUUUGUUAGUCAGUAGAGUACUGAAGGAGAAGUACUACCCCAAGCAAUCACUUUUCAAUGGCAAAGUACCGCAAAAUGCUUCUUGGAUCUGGCAGAGCUUAGCAGGAGUAAGAAAGGAAUUGCAAGAAGGAAUUAGGAGGAAGAUUGGAAAUGGGAGAGGUACCAGAAUAUGGGAAGAUAAUUGGAUCCCAGGAACAGAUGCGGAGAGAAUAUUGAGUAUACCAUUAAGUGUAACAGGAUAUGAGGACAGCUAUUUCUGGAUGCAUUCCCAAGCUGGACAGUACACAGUUCAUUCUGGUUAUAAAGCUUGGCUGAAGGCGGAGGAAAAAAGGUACACAAGAAGGAAGGAGGAUGCUGGAACAAGCUUUGAAGGAACUAACUCCAAGAUAUGGAAUUCAUUGUGGCAACAGAAGGUAAGUCAGAAACUAAAGGUUUUCAUUUGGAAAUGCUUGCAUGGGGGUCUCCCAGUUAAGGAGGCAAUUUUCACAAGAACAAAGUUAGGGAACCCCAUAUGUACUGGAUGUGGUGAGAAGGUGGAAACGAUAGAACACAUGCUGCUGCAAUGUGCUAAAGUGAAAGAGAUUUGGAAAAUGGCGCCAGUGCAGUGGGAUGGGAUAGAACAUCUAUCUGACAACUUCACCAAAUGGUGGUCCGCAAUCCAGGAAGCUCAAGCAAGUAGAGGUGUGGAGGAUCAAGUGAAUAUAACCAUUAACAUUCUCUGGCAGAUAUGGAAAUCCAGGAACAAUAGAGAGUUUAAUCAUAAGGAAAAGGUGCCUUUCAAGAUCAUUGAGAAGGCACAGCAGGAGUGGUCUGAAUACAAUGAAGCUAACAAAGGCGAGAAUUCAAGAAGGAGCACUCAGGAAACAGCGAUACAGCAACGGACUAUCCAGGUUCAACAUGAGAGCCACACUGGUAUAUCAUUGAAGAUCCAUACGAAUCAGGACAGAAGGCAAGCAGCAGUGGGAAUUGGAAUCACAGCCAUAGAUAACUUGGGACAAAUGCAAGCAGCAUGGGCACUUAGAGAAAGGUCAUCCGGGGAUACAUUACAAGACCAAGCUGUUGCGGUAAGAUUAGCACUGCUGAAAGUUGCAGGCCAAGGCUGGAGGAAUGUCAAAGUAGAACUUGACAAUCGCAAGGUAGAAUAUAUAACAGCAGCAGCAACGUACAACAACCAGCUGAUGGCCACUCUAAUUGAGGACAUUAGAUCCAUUGGUACUUCGUUUCAACAGUGCUCUAUUCUUUUUGCUAAUUCUAGGAAAAUAGGAAGUAUCAAACUGAGCAUUCAUGCUCUAAACAUCUGGGUAGAUGAAGAAUGGGUGAAUCCCAAUUUUAGAUGCUAG